UUCAGAGAGUCCAGGGCAGUCCCAUGGCUCUCUAUUAAGAUACACUUUUUAAUCUGAUGAAAGGAUUGCUGUUCUGAUGAAACUACAAUCCGAGUUGAAUCUUUCUGUUCCACGGGUAAUGUCUGUUCCAGUUUAAAAAAAAAACCCUAUAACUUUCACCCACUUUACGUUUUUAACGAGGUUAAAUCGGGCAAUGUGCCUUAAAUAGACUGCUAAAAUGCAGUGAUUUAUCAUUAGAUACAUUUUUAUUCUAUUUUAAUUGUGUCAAUUCUUGUUCACCUGAACCAAUAAAGGCAACGACACGCCCAUUGAUCGGGACCAGCUGAUUGUUUGGCGCGUAUCCGGUUUGCUUCAGUCAACAGUUUAAAGUUAUAAUUUCAAAGCUGUAAGCACGAUAGGCCAGUUUUUCUUAAAAAAAAAGAAAAGAAAAGAAAAAGAAAAAAAAAGCUAAGAUCAUGGGAAAGGUUCAGUUUUUCGCUCUCUGGUCCUUAGGCGAAGCGCCCCGUCAGUUCAUCAGCAAGUGCAACCGCCUGUACUAUCAGAUACAGGUGCCCUUACCUUUGCCCAUGCAGCUGGUGGUGUUCAGUCUAGGAGACUGGGCCAUUUAUUCUAGUGGGACAACCAUCUCAGUUGAGGUGUUUGUAAGCCAGGACCUGAAGCCGCAGCUCAUCGGGACCCUUUCAUCUCAGACAAGGUGCCUCGUCUGGGAGGGAGACUGGAGAUUGGAUCUGUUGACAAAGGCUAUGCAGAGAUCAGAGCAAGGCAUCUAUGGAAAAAUUGUUCUCACCGUCAGUGGGGAGGUGACACCAAAGAUUAUCUGCAGCACUCCGCUGUCGUCACAGAAACGCCUCACUCUCACUGAAUGGGACACAUGUCAACAGCAGGUUAAAGCACUGGAUGGGACAGCCUUUGAGGAGAGUAGAGUCCAGAACAUCUGCUAUGCAGAUCUGAAAAGCAGCAAGGCCAAAGUGGAGGACUCUGGUCAGAAAGCCAAAAAGUCACCUGUAUGGCCUACGGAUAAGACUCCCAGGCGGACCGUGAUUGGGACGCGAGGCCAGCUGGUGUUUGAAGCGGAGGAGCUGGGCAGCUUCAGGGACUCUGGACAGGUGUCCAGUCCCCAGAGACGGAGGCUGAGCUCACCACCUUCACGGGGACAGCGUGUCCCUCCGGCAAAGAAGUGCCGGGCAGUGCGCCCAUCGACACGCUGGUGUCACGCCAUGUGCAUGAGUGAUCCGGAGACUGCUGUUGUGAUUGGUGGAGAGGCUAUGGACCAAGCACAGUGUAGGGACACACUUUGGAAGCUGGAGAUAGACAGCAACUUUUGGUUUCCGAUGGACUCCCCUGGGUCUGGGCACAUCCCGUGCUGUUCCCGUGGUCUCUCUGCAACCUUUGACCCAGAAUCUAAGGCGGUGUAUGUGUAUGGUGGUUUGAAGCAGGACGGUCGCCACGGUGACGUCCACGUCCUCGACACCCUGACCUGGAAGUGGAAGCUCGUCGCCGCCAGAGGAGACAUCCCAGCCCUGGCGUACCACAGUGCCGUCAUCUACAAGAAGGAGCUCUUUGUGUUUGGUGGCAUCCGGCCCAGCGGAUGCCCCGAUGGCAGGGCCUGUAGCAACGCCCUGUACAUCUUCAACCCUGAGUUUGAGCUCUGGUACCAGCCCAUCGUAGAAGGGGACCGACCUCUGCCUAGAUUUGGGCAUUCGACAACACUGCUGUCAGACAAAAUGGUUAUCUUCGGUGGGAGGAAGACCUCUGCCUACCUGAAUGACCUUCACAUCCUGGACCUUGGUUUUAUGGAAUACAUAGCCGUGAAGUAUGAGGAUGUUCCACCACUGCCUCGUGGGUUCCACGCAGCUGUCUCACUGGGCCACAACAGGAUCCUCAUCAGCGGGGGCUGCUGUGCCAUGGGGGCCCUGCAGGACCUGCAUGUGUUCAGCCUGGAGACUGGCUGCUGGAGCGCAGUGUCCUGCCCAGCUCUCCGCUCCCAGCCCCGCGCAGGCCACAGCAUGUUCAGCCUGGGUGCCGCCGACUCUGCAGAUGAGCGCGACGUCAGCUGCUAUACCCUCCUGGUGUUCGGGGGCUCGGAUUGUGCCGGAACCUUCUACAACGACACCAUCAAGUGUGCUGUGGAGAUCCCGGAAGUGAAACUGGGCCCAAGCUCCAAAAGGUGGUGCUGAGGUUAAAUGUGGAGUGUCGUCCCCCCCCCCCCGUUAGUGGUGUGUUCUAGCACUUAAUUCCUGAGACGGACGGAAGGAAAUGUGUGUCCCUACUUUAGGGGGUGAACUUGGUGUCCUCCUGGGCUGUUCCACAGGCUACCAUUGUGAACUAAUCGAGAGGCAGUAGCAGCCUGCUUCAAAAUGGUGGUUUUUGCGGUUUCAGGCUUUCUAAGAAGCACAUGACCUGCAACUGGAUUUUUAAAAAUAUUUUAUAUAUUUUUUUUAAACGGAUAGGGAUUUUUAAAAAAUGGUAGCUUGUGAGUUGCAUGAAGCACUAAGUGCUGUUUUACUCCAUGGUUCAACAAUUGGACAUUUUAUGCUACUUCGAUGCACUUGGUGUAAAUAUAACCAGCCUUUCAAAUCCAGCAGCAAGAUGGAUCAGUGUUUUUUUAAGUGUUCAAGUCUGCUCAUGAAGUUUAGUGUGCCUUCAUCAAUGUACAUAGGAUCACUAAGUGUCACAGUUCCCCCUGGUGGACACAUGAAGCAGUGACAUUUUAUUUAGCACCGUAAUGAGUCUUGGGGAUUUUACCACUUCGUACAAUAAAUUGUUUUAAUUCUG